AUGGGAACUAGUGAUAAGUUUGGUGAGGAUAAAAAUGGCAAUUCUAUUGACACCACAGCUUAUAAGGGUAUGAUAAGCUCUUUACUUUACUUGACUGCUAGUAGACCAGAUAAUAUGUUUGCUACAUGCUUUUGUGCAAGAUAUCAAGCUAGUCCUAAGGAAUCACACCUUAAAGCUGUGAAAAGAAUCUUCAGGUACCUUAAAGGUAGUCCCAAUCUGGGUCUUUGGUAUCCUAAAGACUCAGGAUUUGAUCUAAUUUGCUAUUCAGAUUCUGACUUUGCAGGCAGUAAGAUUGAUAGAAAGAGUACUUCAGGAGCAUGUCAAUUUCUUGGCAAUAGACUUGUAAGCUGGUCCAGCAAAAAACAACAUUCAGUUUCCAUUUCCACUGCAGAAGCUGAGUAUGUUGCUGCAGGAAGUUGUUGUUCACAAAUUUUGUGGAUGCAAUAUCAGUGCCAUAGCAAUCUCAAGACUAUGGUGUCACUGCCUCAAAAACUCCAAUCUUUUGUGCAAUACCAGUGCCAUAGCAAUCUCAAAUUAUAA